GCCGUUUACUUUAGAAAACAUGAGAUACACACAGAUUGUAAAGAAAACUCAAGUUGUAACAAAAAUCAAAACUAGAUUCUUAGAUUUUUAACUAUAAUUAUAAUAAAGUGUAUCGUGGCUAAUACUAGACUACCCAUCCUACAUCUAGAUCUAGGACUAGAUUGUAAAAUCGAGAUUGUCCAUAAAAAGAAAUGAUUUACAUCACAGUGAUCAUCAUAUUAUGACAACAUCAAAGUGUCAUCUGUCAUUCAACAUCUAUAAUAUAGACCUCUUGUCUAGAUAUUUAUUUGAUAUAAUCUCCUCAAUGUGGUCAAGUAUUUAGUAACUGUCACACUGCUAAAGCCAAACUCAAGUUUAAGCUGAAAAUUAAAUUUUUAAACAUGAUUUCAACAUCUAUGUCCAGAGCUUCAUGGGCAUCAUUUACAAUGAACUCAUUGGUAAAUAAGCUACAACUUAAAAUAAACAAUCGUAAUUUCAAAAUAAUGAAAAACGUUCAGGCUAGAUCAAGUUCUACACACAAUACAUCAUCAUCAUCGGCAACAGAAAAUCCAGAGCUUGAUAGCUUUCUAAGUCGUUCAUUUCUAGACUUAGAAAAAAUUGAUGAGAAUCUUUUUAGGAGUAAAAUGCUAUGGAAGCACAAAAGGGCCAGAGGAGUCUACGGUGGUCAAAUGAUUGGUAACUGUCUUGUAGCUGCCUCUGAUGGAUUGCCAGCUGACCAACAUCUGCACAGUCUACAUUCUUAUUUUCACCGAAAGGGAACCACAGAUCGUCCGAUUUUGUUUCAUGUUGAUAAAACAAGAGAUGGCCGAACAUACUGUGCUCGGUCAAUCAAAGCUGUCCAGUGUGGCAAUACCAUAUUCACAAUGCAAGCUUCCUUUAAGAAAUUUGAAGAAACUCACAUGAAACAUCAAAUUCCAAUGCCUAAGGUUCCAUAUCCAGAUGAGCUAAAAUCUGCCAUAGAAAUACUUGACAUAUUGAAACAGGAAGAUAUCAUUUCGGCACAUCACCAUGAGCUUGGGAUACAGUGGUUCCAGGGUUUUCCAAUGGAAACCAGAUGGGUGAAUCCAGAUACACUUACACUACUGGAGCCUCUCUAUCCCAAACGGAGUAUUUGGAUUAAAGCUGAAGGACACAUAGGUGACAGUUUACAUGAGAAUGUUCACAAGUGUUGCCUGGCCUACUUGUGUGAUCUUCUAAUUCUGCCGACAUCCCUCAUGCCAUACGGCCCCAAUAUAUUUAGAAACUUCAUGACCUCACUGGAUCACUCCAUGUGGUUCCAUGCUCCAUGCCGAGCGGAUGAGUGGAUGCUUUUUGAAAUAGAAGCUGAAAAUAUGGGUGAUGGAAGAGCAAUGUGCCAUGGAAGAAUCUGGGACAUCAAUGGAAACCACAUUACAACUGUGGCUCAGGAGGGAGUGGUCAGGCCAAGGGAGACCAAUGCAUCAUAGUUAAACUAUCUUUCACUAGAAGUACCAAAAAUUUUUAAGGGAUUGUACAAUAUUUUUAUUUAAGUGCCUUAAGGACUGUGAUAAUAUUGUAUGUUCAAAGUUUAGUUAAUAAAACAGCAUUAAUUAAAUGUUAUUUUAGAUCAGUGAUGCCCAACCUAAUUCGACCUGCGGGCCAUUUUAAUUUCCGAUACUCGUCUCGCGGGCCACAUGACCGAAAAGUUUCAAAAAUGAAAUGAAAUUGUUCUGAAACUAUUUUGGUGGAGAUUGUCGAUUUAAUACUUAAUUAAUAGCUAGGUUAUUUGACAUAUUUUUUUUACGCGUCAGAAAAUAGCUUCAUUUCUCUACUUGAAAUGUGAGCAACAGUGUAGAUAGCUUUAUAACUGACUCACUUUUUGGGUCUCUUUUUUGGUAAAUAUUCACAUGGAUCCUCCAAUCUCUAGGCGUAGUUAACAAUCUUUUAUUCGCGACUCAAACCAAGAAUGCCACGAUAUUUAUUUUAAAACGCGGUUUCUAUGUUGUCCUUUUAUUAAACAGCCCACACUUUCUUUAUUCAAUAAAUAUGUUGCCUUAUUAACAUAUUCAACAAAAAAAGUAAAGAUAGGCUCACUUUUCGUGGUAGAUUCUACAUUCAGAGUUCCAAUUCACACACAAAUGUUAAAGGUCAUGGUACCAUGGUACUAUCAGAGAAAAAGUGAGGACCCAAACGUAGAUAAAGAUACUUUUUUUCAACUUUUUUUUUUGUUUGGAAGGGAGAUAUCUACACGUUACGGCGGGCCUGAUGGAACCACGUCGCGGGCCAGGCCAUAUUUUGGGCAUCACUGUUAUAGAUUAUGAGAGAGACUAAUAAUAGUAAGGAGAAUUUAAUUUAUAAAGUGCUGUUAACAAAGAUAAUGUAAGCUGUAUAUAAUACAACAGCAUAACAAACAUAAAAACAAAAGUUAAAAUGACCAACUAAUCUAAAUAAAUGUGGAACAGGUAGGACUUCAUGUUCUUCUUGAAUGUAGUGAAGUAUGUUUUUAGUCUGAGAGCAAUGUGGCACUUCUUCCUAACCUUUAAUUUAUGCAUGCAAGAUAUAGAAAGAUCAAUUCACUAAAGUAUAAGGGCAUUUUUUUUUUUAUUGUAGAUUAAGUGUAUGCAAGAGUUUUGUAGUAGAAUCAAAUCUUGUUUUUCAUUAGUGGGAAGCGUGGUCGAGAGGCCAAGUGCGCUUGAACUUGGCUUGGCUUGGCUACCUAGAAGGGGGCGCGAGGUUCGACACCCGACUCUGGCAGAGUUGUGUUUACUGAGCGCCUAAAGGCAGCACAGAAGACCAACUCCUAGAUACCCCCUCCCAUCCACUGGUCUACAAAUAAUAUUGGACCAAAAGCGCUCUGAGCAUUCUAUAAGCAUGAAAGUAGCGCUAUAUAAAAAGCUAUAAUAAUAAUUAGUGCCAUGUUAUUUUGAAUUAACAGCAGCUUAGCAAUUUUGUCAUCGGGUAUGACAUGGCUAACAUGGAAUCUGAGUAGUUCAGCCGGGAUAUUAUGAAUGCCACAUCCAUAGCUUGUUUUGAUGACAUUUGUUUACAUUUUCAUGUGAGUGACACUUAUAUACAAGAUAUAAAAUUAAAAUUACCAAAAAAUAACAUUUUCAUCUAUUUAUUAUUUGUCAGAUAUGCUGUACUGUGAAACCACAGAUUUAAAUUUUAAUUUAAUAUUUAAAUUUUAAUUUAAUAUUUUUUUGUAAGUAAUUUGAAAAAUGCAUAUAUAUAUAUAUAUAUAUAUAUUGAAUAUAGAAAUUUUGAAAAAUGAAAAACACUUUGAAAUGUAAAAUUUUGUUUGACAGUCAAAUAUAAAAAUAUAUUUAGAAAAUUAGAAUUUUCUUUUAUCAGUUUGACCAUACAUUUGUCUCCACUACCUGUCAUUGUGGACUAGUUGCCUGUAUUAGUAUAGAACUAUAAUAUUUAGUUUAUUUAAAAAAAAAAACGUCCACUAAACUCUAAGGGGUACCUGACUUAUGUUGGGGAAAAGUAAAGGCAGAUGGUCGUUGUGCUGGCCACAUGACACCCUUGAUAACUGUGGGCCACAGAAACAGAUGAGCAUUAUAU